AUGUCGGACCCCUUUGUUUCCGCACGCCCGCCAACCCCGCAGGUACUCAUACAUCGUUUGCCUGAGAAAGCCGACGAUGAGGAAAUCCCGUCCAAACCUUCCAAGUAUAUCAUUUUAAUCAUGGGAUCAACUGGUGUGGCAGGCAAAACCCAGAUCGCCAACACCGUUUCGAAAGCGCUGGCCUGCCCGACCUUCCAAGGUGACAGUCUGCAUGCGUCGUCCGCCAAGGCGGCAGAAGUGGGCACGAGCAAAGACUCCGGUCCCAACGAGGGUCGUUAUCAGCGCAUGUGGCUCUCGAAGCUGACAAGGACGGGUUUACUGUUUCCUGAGGAGUCACGAGCUGCGACGGACGUAUUCGCGGGGUUUGGCAGGAGUUCGUCCACUACCACCAGUCGCCGCGGUUCUUCGAGCUCGCUUGAUUCUACAGGGUCGAGUGCUUUGGAAUCGACUAAAUCAAGCGUCAUGAGCAGUUCCGUGAGCUCUGGCCCGCCCAGGUCGACGCAGUUUAUCCACAAGCCCGUGACUACGUCCGAGGUAGAGAGGCAGCGACAGGAGAACCCUGCCUUGCUUGUGCUUACCCACCCACCGCUGAAAUCAUGGCACAAACAGACCAUUCGCAAUGCGGUCGGAGAAUAUGGCAUCGGUGUCAUCUUUGUCCCGCUAGAUGAUGACGGCGAAAUACCUGUGCUAAAGCCAUUGGAUCCACGCACUAUGUCCAGCUUUGGAUCAUUCGGUGCCUUUGGUGCGACGCAAAACAGAAAGGGCGGCUCAUUGAAUGAAGAGAUGUUACUGAGAGUUGAUUUGGAUGCAAAUGUGGAAGGCAUGAUCGAGGAAAUCAUUGAUGGUGUCAAGGAUAUGAUGGGGACUUCUGAAUAG